UUGUUUCCAUACUUGUAUAGGUUUCCUAGAAUAUCUCUCCUACCAUAACUAGGAUUGAGACUUUUGUAUAUAUACAUGUACUCCUCACAUAAUUCAAUCAAGGAAAAUAAUAUUUAUUCAUGGUAUCAGAGCCAAACUAAAAACCCUAAAAUAUACUCCCCUGAUUUCGGCCUCCUCUCUACGCCGAACCACCAGCACCGCCGUCUCCCUCCUCCUCCUUCUCUUUCGGCCGGCAGCUUCUCCCCUCCCCUACAAUGGCCGACAGUGAGGUCACCUCUCAGUCCUCUACCCAAAAACCUCCACAUCUGGCUUUCUUUGUCUCAAACGUCAAACUCCAUGUUCCUAUGCAACUCAGCUUCUCUCAACCAAACUACAAAAAGUGGAGCCGCUUGUUCCUUCUCCUUGCACGGCGGUUCAAUCUUCAGGGUUAUCUCAACGGCUCUAUCGUCCCCAUCUCCGACGACGACGAUGAAUGGUUCCAGCUUGACACCAUCCUCCAUGUGAUCCAUGACUUGUUUCACGACAACAAACAUGCUCGCGCCAUGCAACUCGAGCAUCAAUUUCGCACCACCGUCAAAGGAUCUACUCCCAUGGCCACGUAUUGUCAAGAAAUCAGAAAUAUUGCGGAUUGGUUGGACGACGUCGAUGCCCCUGUGUCAGAGCACCAAUUGAUCCUUCAGAUGCUACGCGGCCUCCCCGACGAUCUCCAAGCUCAGACCUCGUUUCUCCAAUUUCAGGAUCCCAUGCCAAGCUUUCUUCAAGUGCGGUCGGCCCUCCUCCUCCUCGAUCGGCAGCGGACUCCCCUGGGCGGAACCAGCAGCACGGCGCUGCUGGCGGGUCGGGACGCCGGCAGUUUCACCAGCGAUCAGCAUGGGAGCGGCAGCAGCCGCGGUGCUCGUCACGUCAGCGGUGGGGAACACUCUUUUAGCAGCAAUUUUGGCGAUGGAUCUUCCUUCGGGUAGCAUAGAGGUUUUGGACACGGAAAAAAGCGUGGCAACGACAACCGGGGUCAUGGUCGAGGCCGCUCAAACGGCGGAUCGAGACAACGACCACCAACGGACAUCCAAAGUUCCUUGAACUCCCCUUGUCCAAACCCUAGCUCUGGGGUGCUGGG